AGCUGGGUUUUAAUUUGCCCUCUUGUAUCACGAUUUCCAUCCUUCUGCAGCAUGGGUUAUUUGCAUUUUUCAGAGUUUUGUGACACUUGAGUGCAGUACUUGGCCAGCCAGACAUAGAACAGCAAGUGUCUGCAAGUGCUUCAUGUACCUCCACCCUUUCUCUCCACCCUAGGAUUAAUUAUUGUUGAACUGGUCCUUUAAUAUUUAAUUGUCACCUUGGCUCCCCUUUUCAUCUCCUCCCUUCACAGGCGUCUCUGUGCCUCUUUCAGGUUGGUCCUUGCACUUUCUCUGGGCUCGUUCUCCAAAUCAGCUCCACACCUUAAUCCUGCGCAAGAAAAGCCCAUCUCUCUGCUGAGCCCAGCCUGAACCCAUGCAGCAUCAGUGUGAUGUGACGCCACUGGAGUCCACGAAGAGUCUUCAGUCCAGUUUAGACCCCGGAAUUAAGCUCUGCGCUGGAAUCCGCCGGGCUUUGCUGCCGACGUCCGACAUGCACCGAGCUGAUGCCGCAGUGGAUGAUGCCGUGCUAAGGAAGAAAGAACAGAAAGAUGUUGAACUUGAUAAGAAAAUCCUGGCUUGGAAGAAGAAUGAAGCGCUCAUACGAAGAUACCAGGAAAUAGAAGAGGACAAAAAGCGAGCUGAGCAGGAGGGAAUGGCUGUUACUUCCAGGAGACCCAAGCAAGAUGGACUCACUAUUACCAUCACCAAAGCUCACAACGACCUGAAAGAUGCAAUUACCCAGACUGAACACUAUGGACAAGAUAGCCCAGCCCUCUCGAUGGACAAAAGGGUGGUGAGCGAGAAAUGGAGUCCCUGUCCUACGAGCCCUGGAUUCGGCAUUGGCAGUGAGGAAGAGGAGGAGGAGGAGGAAGAAGCAGAUCAUAUGUUCACAUUCAGAAUGGGAAAGAGGAUGCAGCUGGCUGUUACCAUGGACAACAAAGCCAAGGGCAAGCGGAUUGUCAGUGAGAAACGCACCGAGUGCUUCCCUGGCCCGGGUAGGGUGCCAGACCUCAGUGAAGAGGAGACAGACCACUUGGUGGCUUUCCGCCGGGGGAGAAGGAUGCAGAUUGCCAUCACCAUGGAUAACAAGGAAAAAGCAGAGGAGAGAAGAACAGCAGAGAAGAGGAGAUCAGACAGUGACAGAGGCCCAGAAAGUGAGCACAGCCGGAAGGAGAGUGGGAAGUCACUCCAGAAGAGCCCUGGAGACCUGAGUUUCCCCAUGACCGGACGGGAACGCUCCGAGUAUAUACGCUGGAAGAGGGAGCGAGAUCAGAUUGACCUGGAGCGACUGGCACGUCACAAGAACUCCAAGGGCGAGUGGCGACGGGCUUGGGAUGUGGAGAAGUCAGAGCACAUGUUUGAAGAGGACUUUGUUAAGGAUGGGGAGCCAGCCUUGGAUAAUCCCAGCAAUAAGAAAGGGGGAAGAAACGCAAGGAAAUUCCAGCACAGGUCCUUUCCUCCCAAUGGGAGAGGUGGAGGACAGCACAGCGUGAAUGUGAACAAUCCCGGUCCCAAAGCAAUGAGCAGCCGAGCCAAAGGAAAGGACAGACUGACCGGCAGAGCCAGAAGAUGGGAUGCAAAAGAAGGCGAGGACAUGUCUUUUCUGAAGGAUGACCCUGACAGCCAGAGGAGCCUUGGUAUGGACAAGCAGAAGAGCAGAGGUGAGGAAGGAGUGGAAGAGAACUGCACAGCUGAGCUGGAGGAGAAGGUGAAACAGCCAAGCCUCCAAGAUCAUGGGGCCUCAUCAUCACAAAGGCGAAGUGGGAAGGCCCAGUCUGCCCCCAAUGGCCAGAAGAAGGAACGGAGAGGAGUGAAGGGGCUCGGCAUGGAGGUCUCUGUGGCCAGCACAGGCGACUCAGAGCCAGGUCCCAAGCCGAGUAAGGAACCUGUUGAGGAAGAUGGCAAUGGGAAGCCUGGCAGUGCUGACAUCUCUCAGGAGGAGAGCACAAAUAGCAGUGCCUCACAAAGUAGCCUUCCAAAUGCUGUGCAGGCCACCAUGCAUAGCAGUGAGCAGACCUUGUCAUUGCCCACGGGAGAUGAUUUAGAUGGAGCUGGCUUUAAGAAAAACACAGCUUCAGAACAGGAAUCCACUGAGGACUCUUCAAAUAGCCAUGGAGGAAAGCCGGACACAGCAGCUGAAGACAGACUGGAUGCAGGUCAAAGACAGCUGGUGAGACAAAGAGGGGAGGAAGUGACCCAAAACACUGCCCUUGAGGGACAAACACUUGCUCUGAAAGGAGUUGAAGAUGCUGAAGGCACUGAACACACAAGCAAGCCUUUGCCCCCAAGGAAAGACAACUCUGACAAAACUGUUGUGCCUGAGCAGGACACAGCAAAAUCACAGUCCAGGGAAGGGGACCAGCCUGAAGAUUGCAAGGACAAGGACAGCAGGGACACGCUCAACUAACAAAGACUGCGCCAGCUUGCCUGAGAUGGAAGGAUAACGUGCUGAAGGUGGUGGAUGAGAAGAGAAGAGGAGCACAGCCUUGUCCUCACUCUGACCUUCUAUGAAAUCAGCUUUCAGCACCUGCCCUGCGCCUUUCACUCACCACAGACAGGGUCCCCCCUUCACCAUUCCCCACUCAGUUUCAGCAUCAGCCCUUCCUAUCCUGGUGCCAAAGGACAGGAAAGACUACACACACUCCCUACACUUUUCUUUGGUAUUUGUUUUGCCUAUAUUGCAGCUGUGUGGCAAGCCAAUGAAAUGUCUACUGGAUGCACUUUAUUUUAUUUAAUAACUAAUUCAGUUUAAAGUUAAGAUUCAGCUUUCUGGGCAGCCCACCCAUUCCCUCCCCAAGGCUAACAGGGAACCGUGUGUGCCCGGAGGACAGCAGGGGUUGGGUGAGCUCUCCCCAGCGGUUGCGUUGGGACAAGUGACAAAGCACAGCAUUAGGAGACAGGGUGAGAGGUGCUAUGUUGUAGUGCAGUAGGUGGGUGAAGAAGUAGAGCUCAGGGCAGCUGUUGUAGUAUGGGUUUGUACGUGGUUGAAGUGGUGGCAGAGAUGUAUGGUAGUUACACAGGUCGUGGGCACAGAGGGGACAGAGCCUUCUUGGGGUGCUUUCGACAAGCACACAGCAGCCACAGCAUCUCAUCCUUUCCAAGGUCACCUUUCUCCUCCUGUUAGAUAUGGUAGGGCAGAAGCAGCAGAGGCUGAACGAGCACGUCAGAAACAUGCUUUUUUCUAAGUAAGGUAGCUGCUCCAUUGAGCAGGUACGUACGUAGCUUGGCAAAGCACUGAGCCUGCUGCUUAAGGCUGGGAAGCGCAAAGGCUACACUAACUGGAGAUGCCUGCAGCAAGGAGGAGGGCAGCACAAAUGCAGUAACUUUCCUUAACACCCUGCUGCAAGGAAGGAGCUGGCAACAGGACCCCAGCCGAAUUAGAGCUGAAAGUCAAGGCUUCCUGUCAACUGCUUUCACCUUCCUGGUUGUGCCUUUCAUAGCCUUGUGCACAAGUAAGAGGGUAACAGUUCCCCUGGAAGCUGCCAAGGAUACCUUUUGUCCUGGCCUUAAAAGGUGCCUUUCAAAUCAAGGAACUGAAUGAGCAUCUACAGCAUAAAUGAGCAAAAAUCCCAGCUGUUUAGAAUUCCAAGCAGAUGAAAGACUGACAGCAAACUAGGAACUAGCUGAAAUGUGCCCGCCCAUUAAGAAGGCAGAAAGCUGGCACAAGGAAUAACAUAAUUCCUGACUUCUAAAUGACAAAACAAGCAAGGCUAUCAUCCUCAUUAAGAAGCACUGCCCUAAAACUUGAAGCAGUUUCAGGAGUAAAUGUAUGUGCAGAUACUUAUUCAUGGAGAUUUAUCGAAUGUCACUGCAAGAUGCAUUGGCUAACCAAAAUGACAGACUGCCUUGGUGAUGGAGUUGGCAUGUGUGGACUGAAAUACUGUAUGCUGUUUUAAUAAACUAAUAUUUGCACAUAUACACUUCGCUACUCUACGUAACUUGGAUCCACAAUACCUAUCUCAUGGAAGACAACCCUGGGAACUUCCUCUAUGUGCCAAAUUCAGGAGAGUUUACUGGCUUCAGACCAGGCAUUAGCAAGAAACAGGGUAUGCAGCUUUCAUGUUUUAUUAGUAGGAACACCUUCCCCCACCCAAGCCCAGACUGGGUUUAUUUGGACUUAUUCAACAGAUAAGAGAACAGAUAGAUGCAAACCAGAUUAUAAGACUGCUCCAGGUCCUGGAAAUUCUCCAUCACUUAAAGGCUGGUUUUCCUCAACCAACUGGCUCAAACACUUGCUUAUUUAUUUAUUUUUCUAAGAUGAAAACAGCUCACUGACCUCAAUCUUGAUCCAGUCAGAAUCACUGCCAUCUUGCCUCAGUCCACACACAGAAUAUUCUCUGAUGAAGAGCUUGUUGUUGCACUCCAGCAGCAAUCAAGCAAUAGAAAGCAACUUUUACAUUGCCUCUGGCCCAGGACUUAGUUGUAGAGAUAAAAAUCCAACUUCAAUUGUUGCUAUACUUUAUCUUAUUGACGUAAGAUAUAGGAACAACUUUCCUCUUUCAAAGGAAAAACUGACACUUUGCCCUCCAUCCCCCUUUCCCCUCUACCCCUCAUAAAUCCAAGCAACUUUGCACUUCAUGAUGCCUGGGAAGGAUCAAGUCUGUACCAAGCUCUUUGGAUUGUGCUGUGCAGAUGGUGCCUGUCCUCAGCAUAAUUUCUUCUUGCUUACCAACAGCUUGCUUGAACGCACUUCGGUUGGUGCCUGGAUUGGAAUUUUUCAGAAAAAACGAAAAAGGUGUGGCUAGCUAUUUCUUCUUUACAGUGAGAGAAAAGAUCAAAGAGUUGAAAAAUCUGAUGUAGAGGUGUUAUUUAUAUUAAAUAAAAAUUAUGAGAAAAAGUUCCAGUUUCUUAGUGUUUCUCAGCCCUAUAUUCAGGGCUUUUUCUACAUGUGAACAGAAUUUGUAGCAUUUACAGGGUAAGAGCUCCAAUUUGGGUCACUCAGCACUUAGGAAAGGACUCACCUCCUGGCCUGGCUAAGUCAAUCCACCCAGCAGGCUCGCUGUAACGAUGACAACCUACCUCAAAACACAAGGCUUGCUUUUCCACAGGUGUCAAAGCUGUCUCAUUGUAACGUCACCUUUCUUGCAAGCAAAUGCAACGGCAGCUUAUAGAGUGCAAAAUAAUCUGCCUAUAGAGACCUGUUCCCUCCCAGCAGUGCUUGGUAGCUCAGGGGUUUUGUUAAGUUCACUCUUAAUUAUUCUUAAGAACAGGAAAACAGCAGCAACUAUCACACAGAAAACCCCUUUUUCUUUAAACCAAAGGAACGGUUUGCCACUGAGAUACUGCUGGUUGGCAAAAUUUACCAUCAGUUUCAAUGCAACGACUCUGUAGCAAAAUUGAUUUCAGACUAGGAAAUCAGUUCUUGAUUUAAAGAGAUGAUUAAACUCAUCCUAAGGACAAAAACACAUCUGGACAAGGUUGGAAGUACUUCACUUUCCAGAGCUUUACAAGGCCAAUUACUGCAGGAGGCAACAAGAGAAAAUCUUGACAGCAGUUCUGGCUCUCCAUUCCCUAUUUCAACAAAUCUAAUGCUAUGGCAGAAGGAUACCACACAAAUUCCUCAGAACAAGUAAAGCCCUAUAAAGAGAGGCUAAAAGUAGAAAGAACAGAAACAUUCACAAAUUUUCCACACCAAUUCCCCUCCAGAUGCAAAAAGCAUAGGAGCCUGAAGCUAAGCUGGCAUUUACUGAGAAGUCUUUGUAUUUGAAGUAUGUAAUACAGUAGUUAGUGCUUUCUUAGUUACAAGGAAAGCUUUAAGUCAAUUAGAGAUAGAGAGCAGGGUAGAGCAUUGCUGUGAAGUUAAAAUACCGCCUGCUGCCUUCCUUUGGCAAGGUACAACAAUAGCUCAACCAGUUCACAGCCUCACACACUCCCACAGUUGCUGGCAGGCGAAGUGAACGCACUGGGAAGCCUGCAGCCAUUCCCUGAGCACACCAAUUUAGUGCAGCAACACAGCAGCUAACCAGAAAUGAGGUGUUCCCAAAGCUCACUGCCUCCGAAGACAUACGGAAUAGCCAGAAGUCAAACUUGACCUCCUUUGCUUUACGUUCCAGCUCCGAAGUGACUUUCUCGUAUCAUUCUCUUCUCUGCUCACACCAGCUCCUCCCAGGACUCACAGCCAGUCACUGGUAACACACACGCACGCGUAUAACACUCUCCAUUGGCCCACUGAAAUUAAUUUAGGCUUCUCUGAAGGAGAUCCACGAUGCUCAGAAACAGCCACUGAUUUUAUUAUCAACACUACACCACAGGAUUGCUUUUCAGCCACACUAAUGAAUUAAGCCAAAAUCGGGAGUAAAAAUGCAACCCCUUCCUUCUGAGAAUUACAGCCCAGUCUUAAAAAUCUGAGAUUAAUCUGAUUCCCAUUAUGUCUGCUGAGACCAAGCAAGAAGACAUGCUGGGGAAAAAGGUAGCUUUUAAAAGGUGAAAAUGUGAGCCAGCUGCUGGAGCACAUCACAUGCUCCAGUAACUUUUUUCCAGCUAUUUCCCUUCCUUCUGGUUCCUCUGCACAUGAAUUAUAUCAACGUGCUCCUUGAACAACUUGAACUCAAUGGGACAAGACUAGCAUGUGCAGACAAAUGGGCAAGUAUUGUAUGUCAAUAGAUAGUUGUAAGCCCAAAGGAAUCUACACACAAGGAAUAAAAAACAGAAGCUUUAAAGAUAUCCUCUGAUCUAGAGGCACCUUUGACUGGACAUCAUUAACUAACUCUUCACCUGUUGCUCCUUUUAGGCAGCACUUCCUUUUGACUCAGCUUGCAGUUUAAGUCCUUCUGUGAGGAUCUAAGCAGAUGCAGCGUAGCACAAGUGCUAGAGGGUACUAGUUUAGUUUUCUCACAUGAAGUCCGAUUCCUUGCUCGUGAGACCCUUCUCAGCCAGAAAGGAAAAACAGAACAUGACCUGGUCUUUUCUCCAUCCUCUUAUGCAAUUACUGUGACUAGGAAUUGGAAGAUUAAAGCUACUGUGUUAUUUACUUUCUACUGACACUUGACAACGAUGCAUUGUGUCAGUGCGGUUCAGAACCAUGCUGCACCUCAAGCACAAAUAUGCAGUGACUACUGUGCCGCAAACUUUUCAAGGCUUAGAGAACAAGAAUCUGGGAUUCAUACCCUGAACAAUGAACCCAAACUUAAACUGCUGCAGGGAAGUUGGCAUUACAGAAUCAUUAGUGCUUUUAAUCAAUAAAAAGCUCAAGGGCAAAAAAAAAAAACCAAGUAGAUAUCACUAGUCCUGCCAUAUCCUUAUAACCAUCAUUCCUUUACAGGAACAUCCCAUAGUGAGAGGCUUUGACGCUCCUGUUAACAUCCUUAUACUCCCUCAAGGAAAGGGCCUAAGAUUCAACACUGGACAUUUGACUUACCUUCAUCCAAUCUGCCUUUCAGACAGCUCCCUUUCACAGAUCUGCACACACACUGGAAACAGACAGAUCUGCUGGCAAGGAACACACAGGACAGUAUUUGUGGAAAGGGAUCAAUCUUGCCAACAAUUCCAAGGAAAUAACAUCACAAAUUGCAAUGUUAGUGAUUUCUAUCUAGGAAACAAUGUAAAAGCCUGUGCCUUAUCUCACCUGAUGCAAUUACAGUGGUUAGAGAAACACCUACUUCAGUGACUUCCCCAGUCCUCCCAACAGAAGCAAUAAAGGGAGAGACCAAUAUAAUGCAACAGAUAACAACACGGUCUGGCUUCUUAAAUUUCAGGUUUAGCCAAGACUGGUGACUGCACCACUUCAUGGCACUAAAAGUGUGUUCAAGUUGCAGAUGACUGUUUCAGUACAACUGCGACCUAAUGCAAGAACUCACAGCCCCGAAUGACAAUCCAGCUGUUACCUCUUGCAGCCAACCUACCUUCCCCAAAAAAACCUUAAAAAUUCAGGGUACUAGGGAUUAACUUACACAUAGAAACCAGUCCAGACAAGCCAUUUUGAUUACUAAAAGUACUUACAAAGUGCACUUGGCCACUGAUUUCUUGGACAGUCUGCUGUGAAGAGUAUAAACAAGCACAACUACAGGCUCAUUGAAGGCAGACAACAGCAUAAUGUCCUCCUGAGGACUUCAAUUCCCAGCUGGGGAAAGGACAUAGAAAAGAUUUGAGCUGAAAAGCUUAGGUCCAGAAGGGCUUUGCAAAAACACUGUUCAAAUUACAAAAUCUUCCUAGCCAUUAAUUACGCCAGCAGUUUGAAAUCAUUCUGUACCUUUACAAGCCAAAAUUUCCCCUUGCACACCUGGUACAGCAGUUGUGAAGUAACAGGAUGCUCCACAGCCAGUUGUAACAGGUACAGGAAUAAGUGUUUCACUUAAAUCACAAUUUGUCAGCAGAGCAGAUACAGAAGCAGCCUGGAAACUCAAGCCUGCAGUUUCAUAGGGGAAAGAGAACAACCACAGCCCUCUUAAUUCUGGCUAACCAACUAUUUUCAGCACCAGAAAGGGAGACAACCAUCACCAAUGGGUCUAUUCCCUCUGAUAAAGCAGAUCUGAACACAACCACUGUCCUGCAGAUCCUCUGCCACCAAAACCACAAACCAGGUGAAGAGCUUUAAGUUGUUACAGCUCCUGAAUACAAGGCAUCCCUCCACAGUUACACGACAGGUUGGAAAAGGGCAAUGCAGCCCAUUUAAUUCAAUUCACUUCCUCUUCCAUCUGCUCUAGACAGCCAUGCCCCAUUAGUCUUCUGAGAGCAAGAGGAAAAAUGCCAGGAGUUUAUGUACAUCCAGUGUACAUCAGAUGCACUGCUCAGAGCCACUACAGACUUGCCAGUUCUGAGCUGCACACCAGCACCAGAGAAAUCCUUGUCUCUGUAUAAUUCCAUCCAGCUUUAAUCUUAUCUUUAAAGACAGUUUUAACAAUUAAACACAAGCUCCCUUCCAGAGAUGCUUCCCACCUGCUUCUGCAUUUAGUACUAGAGCCAAGAAACAGACUAAACUCAACUGGCACCUGCUUUGUUUCUGCUUUGCCCAUUCCCCUCUUCAGGGGCUGCAGUAAGCCUUGGACUCUAUCACCAGAUGUAGAUAUGGAAGACAGCAAACAGCAUCAUCACCAGGAGCCAGAGCCACUGCAUGCACGCUGCAGCCCUAUGAGCAGGUAUCAGUAUGUCACAGACCAAACUGCCAAGGGAACAAAGUCACCCACUGCUACAGAAUGAACACGCAUGGGGCUAAACCCAACCAACCAUCUGGACACAGCCACAAAACAGAGUCCUGCCACUACAGCAGAUAAAUAGGAAGAGCUUAGAAGCAGCUCUGGAGGCUGCAGUGUGGAAGGGCAGCCACCUGAUACAGCAGCAGCUUGGGACUUUUCAGCUCCUGCACCACUUCUUGCUUACUUCUACUCGCCCUGCAGAAAGGUGGCAAUGAUCACACAUGCACUUUUGUUUAAAAUGACUAAGCAUGAUCUUUUUCCUUCUUACCAGCUAGUCUCCUUUUUUAGCACAGUAACAGCGUACAGACUUGCCUGCAUGCUGUCCAAAAAGCUAUAUAAAGGUGGAAAAAUCACACCAAAGCCACUGAAGCAGGCCUAGCACCACCACAGGUCCACAGCAUACUGAUUUAACAACAAUUUGCCCCCUCAGCUCAAUAAAACAAGAGUGACGUAUA